CUUUGGUAUGAGUGCGUCACUACGCUGGUGAACACGGAAGUGACUGCUAAUCCAGAAUCAAAUACAUUAAGGAUUAAUAUCCAGUCGACCCCUGCGUAAGCCUGUAACACUGUCCACAAUGUCCCGGCAAUCCAACCGAACAACAGACAGCAAGAAGAUGAACUCUGAACUGUUCACGCUGACUUACGGGGCCCUGGUCACCCAGCUCUGUAAAGACUACGAGAAUGAUGAGGAAGUCAAUAAACAACUGGACAAGAUGGGUUAUAACAUUGGCGUGCGUCUGAUCGAGGAUUUCUUGGCGCGCUCCAGCAUCGGCAGGUGUCAGGAUUUCCGAGAAACAGCUGAUGUCAUCGCUAAGGUUGCAUUUAAGAUGUACCUGGGAAUCACCCCCAGUGUGACCAACUGGAGCCCAGCGGGAGAUGAGUUCUCCCUCAUCCUUGAGAACAACCCCUUGGUAGACUUUGUGGAGCUGCCGGAUAACCACAGCACGCUGGUCUACUCCAACCUGCUGUGUGGGGUCCUCCGAGGAGCCCUGGAGAUGGUCCAGAUGGCCGUGGAUGUGAGAUUUGCUCAGGACACUCUGAGAGGGGACAAUGUGACAGAAAUACGCAUGAAGUUCAUCAAGAGGAUCGAAGAAAAUCUCCCAGCAGGAGACGAGUGACGGAAACAAAAAAAGAUCCUUCCCUGGACAUCCUGUCUGAUUUAUGGAGGACUGAGUCGCGUGAGGAACACCGUCAGAGGGUGAAUGAACUCAGAAUCGAAACAUCAAGAUGAGAGGAAAUAUUUCAGUCAACAACUCCUUGACUCUGAUCUGUGCUCCAGUUUGAGGGGAAACGUUUAGGUGUGUGCUUAAAUGAAAUGCCUCUGACCAUUUAUUUCACACCAGCCCUCAUUGAAAGUCACUUUUUCUUCAUUAACUGUUAAAAUAUCUGUCCUGUUUCUUAAAAGAAUUAUGUCUUUCAUUUAGCCAUGUAGAGACUGUAUUUUUUUCUUUUUGGUGCAAGACAGAGAAGCCAUGCAUCAUAAUGAUUUCAUGUAUGUCUUGUUUGUUUUCAUUUUUUUUUUAAGAAAUCACUCUUUAUUUCUGCCAAUUAUAUGGCAUGUUAAUUUAUGUAUGUAGAUAUGUCAAAUAAAAGCGACA